CCAAUAGAAGAGCCUAGACUCGUCUCCUCCUCUUCUGUGUGGCACUGAUCAGCCCUCAUACAGAGGCUGCCCUGUGCUGUACUGAUGGCUCGUAUUUCUGUUGACUUUCACAUUAUGCUGUUGUGUGUCGCGGUUUGUCUCCCGCCACCCGGCCUCUCACCAUCCCGCUGGACGUCUGUUAGAGCGGACUGACUGAAGCUAAAUGCCCGGAGUGUAAGAGCAGCCCUCCGGAUUGAUGCAAGCGGUGAAGGCGCUUUGAAAAACCUCCGUCUCUGCCCGAGAGUCGACUGGAGCUGUCUGUCUGGCUGCACUACUAUGACUCUGAGCUCCUGAAGAUUUUGAUUAUUAUUAUUAUUUUUAAUUUUUUAUAAGAAAUUCCCCACUUGAUUCCUUAAUGGGUUCUCGUAGCCAAGGUUUCUUCCACCACCACCACCACCGUAGCUCCAUGGUGCCCACUAUGGUGCCGAGGCUGCUGCCUGAGCACGGCAGCCUGCUGGGGGGCAUCGCGCAAAUCACCCCCAACCUAUUCCUCAGCAGAGGGAACGUGGCAUCCAACCGCAGCCUGCUGCUGUCCAAAGGCAUCACCUGUGUGGUCAACGCCACCAUCGAGCUCCCCAACUUCAACUGGCCUCACAUGGAGUAUGUAAAGGUCCCUCUGGCGGAUAUGCCCCACUCCCCCAUCUCCUUGUACUUCGACAGCGUGGCUGAUAAGAUCCACAGCGUGGGACGGAAGCGAGGGGCGGUGCUGGUGCACUGUGCAGCCGGGGUGAGCCGCUCGGCCUCUCUGUGUCUGGCGUACCUCAUGAAGUAUCACCGCGUAUCUCUGGCCGAGGCCCACGCCUGGGUCAAAGCCCGCCGCCCCAUCAUCAGGCCCAACGGCGGCUUCUGGCGCCAGCUCAUCGAAUACGAGAGGAAGCUGUUUGGUAGAAACUCUGUUAAGAUGGUGCAGACACACUUUGGGGUCAUACCUGAUGUUUAUGAGAGGGACCGCAGGAGCCUGGCUCCGUACUGGGGCCUGUGAGAUCCACAGUGAGGAGAUGGAGGAGGAAGUGAAGCCCUUUUGCCCUUUUGCCCUUUUGCCCUCCUGGACGCAUGUUCAGGACAGGCGGAGUGAGAGGUGUGUAAGUGUACAUCUGUGUGAGGCUUAUUUCAUGAAGACUGGUGCGUUUGGACAGAGGGAGUCUUAACCAAACACUGGUUGUCGGUGCUGUUCGUCCAACCAGCUGCCUCCAUUUAGUCUUUGAGCGGGAGCAAAGUGACUUCAAGCCAAGAAUCCUUCGGAUCAAAGGAUCAACGGGGACCACAAUGAUGCAGACACCAAAACAAGAUCAGAGCGUGGAAGUCCGUGCCGUCAUCUCCUGGUCUGACUUUCCAGUUUCAGUGGAGGACGAGCUCUAGGUGAAGGUGUUAGCUCUGCUCGAGACUGCAGCUCUGACAGUGAUGCAGCUGAAGUCCUUUUCCUGACGUGAUGAUGUCAUGUGGUGGUAUUGUGCCAGUUUUGCAAUAAUCUUUAGUGUCAAGGGCAGCAGCAUGUUCUCAAUUAUGGUAGCAUUUAAGAUAGGUGUACAGAAAAAAAAUAUGUAGACAAAUUAUUUUAUUGGAAUGUACUGACAGUGAGGAAAAAUGGCAUACUUUAACUGAACAUUUAAAUAUGUUGAUAUAUCUACCCUUUUUAAGGUGAAACAUUUUAGAAGAUGUGAGCUAAAAAUCAAGGUUUAGGGAAAGCUCCUGUGUACCACAGGGUGACCAUACUAUAUUAUUGUAGUGCUAUUUGACGCAAAAAAAUAUGUAUGCUGCCUCAAGGGAACUGGUAGCUCUAUGAUAGAUGCUUGGAAGACUAUUUUCUAUCCCACUGUUUUUGCCUUGUUGUCAUAGGUUGCAAAAAGAUCAGAGCAAGACAGAAAACACAUUUUAUUUCUGUGUGGAAACUCGCCUAAAAGAGCAAUGUCACACAGGCUGAAGAUCCUUCUUCUGCUGUCGUCUGCUGCUGGUUGACAUUUUUUAACUUUGCUGCACAUCCUGUCCCACGCUCCAAAAGUAUUUGUAGGGGUGGGACAAAAGAAUGAAUGCUGCAGUAAAUCACAAUGCAGACCACCAUCAAGACUCAUGAUAUCACAUAAAAGUAAACAAUGCAGUGAACGUUUGUUGAAACGUUUUCUUCCUACUUUAGUGGUAUGUUUUCCUCUUGAGCAGACGUGUUGAAAGUAUUUCUUUAAAAGAUAUAAAGAGAAAAUGUAGCAAAUUCUCACAUUUUAGAAGCUGGAACCAGAGAUAAUGAUUAUCCAUCUUAUCGAAUAAUCUCAACUCAUUUUUCAGCACUACGUGUAUCAGAUGACUGUCCUAUAAUAUAUCAUGUGUUGCACAAUCAGCCAUACUGUGAAACCAUCGUUAUUGCAGAAUGUAUCGUGUUAGUUUUGUAUUGUGAAUUUCCCUUCUUGACUCUUACUCCUACACUAUACUGCAGUAUAAUAGCACUGUCGGGUGUGGUCAUCAGACAUCUCAGACCACACGCAGCAGUGAUGUUGGAUGUGACAGAGUUGACAUUUUCAACCUACAGAGAUCAGAGCAACAAUGUUUUUUCAACUGUGACAUAGUAGAUUAAGUGUGAUGUUACAAUAAAAAACAAAAGAGUAAAAGUUUGGGGGUAAAUAAUUAUUAGCAGGGGA